UAAUCUAAUUUUAAUCCAAAAGCUUGAAAAUCAAGUUUGCCCCAGUCUUAAUAAAGCUUGUUAAAUCUCAACCGUUUAAAGAAUGUUUUAAAAAAAAUUUGGAUAUCUUUGACUGUUUGAUACAGAUAUCAAAUCUUGCCAUGUUCAGGAUUUUGGCAAAUAAAAAAUAUCGGCUAUAAAUUCUUGUAGGAGAGCUUGGUUUAUAGAGAAAAACAAGGGUGUUUUUCACUUUUCAAUGUUAUAUAUAUGUUAUAAAGCAAAUACAAGUUUUUUGUGCCAACCAGGAGAUAAAUUUUAAGGCAGAAGAAAGAGAUUAUGGUGAAAGAAACAGGGAGAAAGUGUUCUCAUUGUGGACAUAAUGGCCAUAAUUCGAGAACUUGUAAUGGGAAGGGAGGGUGUGUUAAGCUUUUUGGCGUGAACAUAGGUGCCAUGGAUCAAAAGCAAGAAAAUUUCAUGAAGAAAAGCUUUAGCAUGGGAAAUCUGCAGUGUCAUGCUGAAAACAACGAUGGGUUUGUCGAUGAUGGGUAUUUUUCUGAUGGGCAGAUUCAUUCUAAGAAAAACAAAGCUGCCCAUGAAAGAAAAAAAGGGAAGCCAUGGACCGAAGAGGAGCAUAGAAUCUUCUUGGCUGGCUUGAGAAAGCUGGGGAAGGGUGAUUGGAGAGGAAUUUCAAAGAAUUUUGUUACAACUAGGACCCCAACACAAGUUGCAAGCCAUGCUCAAAAAUAUUUUCUGAGGCAGGCUCGGAAUGAUAGGAAGAAACGCAGGCCAAGCUUAUUUGACAUGGCUUUUCAAGAAUCCAAAUCCGUAAAAUCUCUUAAUCCCUCUCUCACUUUUGAUUAUGAAGAAGAAGAAGAACAAUUUAUAGUUAGUUUGUUCAUGUACAUGACUACAAAAUUCAUGGUUUUUAUUAACAGAAAACAAGUCCUCCGAGUUCCCCCACAGAAGAAACUAUAAGAAAUUCAUCUCAGGUUGUGAACCGAUUUCCACAUCUUUGCUUGGAUGAUCGUCCAGUCAUGUCGCUGACCGCAUCUCAUAGUUUUCCAACUUAUUAUCACCGGGUUCAAACCACGGUAAGGGACUAUUUGCAAUUCAUUUUCCUCUGAAAAUGCCAAACCACAUAUUAGAAACUUCAUCAAUUGAUGUUUUAACAGGCAGGACUAGCUCCCAAUGGACAAGGCGAAAUAGAAGCUAAAAUGACGCCGUCUCUGCCAUUUCUGCAUGCAAUGAAUUAUUCAGGACCGCGUUACAUGGCUAAAGCCCUUGGAAAUAUAGCUGUCUGCACACCAGCUGCCCAUCCCUCUGGUAUACCUACACCAAGGUUGGUUCAGCACGGCGCGUUUCGAGCAGGCCCUGGUGUUUCAUCAUCAGAAAAAGAUCUUUUGGAGCUUAAGAUCGGCCCCCCUCAAUCAUCCAAAAAUACAAGUCUGCCAUCUCAAAAAUCCAUUAGAGUGAUUUGAAAAAACAAAAGAAAAUUUGUCUUGUGAUGUUGAUUUUUUCAUUUUGGCACCAACCUGAGCAGAAUCAGAACUAAAUUCACACAAUAUUUAUUUCAUCAAUAAUCUAUAGAGCUACAGUUCCAAGCCAGUUUGAAACAAAUUUUCCAGCUCUGCCAAAAAAAA